AUGCUGAAUCCAAGGUUCGACCAGCUCAUUCGCUAUUCAACUCUCUUUCAUCCGCUCAUCUUGGUCUGGGGCGACGAUCUCGACAAGUGGCUAGCAGAAGCCCAAAGCGUGAAUGACACUGUUCUUGGGCGUUGUCCCGUACUAUGCAGUGCCACGAAAGAUGUUGCUUCGAGAGCUGAAUGGUUCUUGUACUCGGAUGCGGAGCGGCUAGCGGCCUGUAAUGAGACGAUGCUCAUUGACAUGGUUGUUCAGAACGCCGAAGCUGAUCUACAUGGCAAGAUCAUAACUCGCGCAUGUAAUGCCGAUUAUGCAUCAGUGGCUACAUCUGCUUUCGAAUCCGACGCCGAAAAAGCCUCGCUCUGCACAACAGCCAACCGCAUGUUAGAACAAGUGUCCAUAUCCAUGCAUCAACCAGCAUCAGGCAAUGAUGCCUUUUCCACAAACCACCUGGUCUCGGCUGGAAGUCAAGUCAUGAACCACCUUGCACUACAGACGCCAGCAUGCAAUCACAGCGUCAUGGAGUUCGCAUACUCUCGGUCCUCAGUCAUCGGUGUGUAUGCUGGAGCCGAGGUCAAUCAACACAGCUUGACAACUGAGGUGCUGAAAAAGUUCUUGGCUCAUGCUCAGGAAGAGGGCAUCUCCAAAACGACUGUCGUUCAGCUGUGUGGAGCUGAAGGGCGUGGCGCCGGCUAUGGCGUGGGCAUCGUGGCGACAAGUGCAAAAAAUUUAUCGUUCGUACAGGAAGCUAUCAAGACUUGGUUGAGCGGUGAUUGCGUCCCUCAAGACAAUUCAGGCAAAGAUUGGAUGCAGGUCACCAUACGAAUUCCUGCCUCGGUUAACCAGAUCCCGAGUAACAGCACCAACUCGACUGUUCAAUCUCGAAAUACUUCACCCGCUCACCUGGACAGAAGAGCUCGCCUCGACAUCAGAGCAGACUGCAAGACUACCACCGUGAACGGCGGUGAUGGUUGCUGGGCUGUUGCGAAUCGAUGUGGCAUUACCCAGACGGACUUGGAGAAGUACAACCGCGCCAACCUUUGCAACACACUCAUCAAAGACGAGGUAGUCUGUUGCAGCAGUGGAAUCCUACCAAGCACACUUCCUUCUGGCAAUUCGGACGGCACUUGCAAGACAAGGGACGUUGUUGAAAAAGACGAUUGUACAACUCUCGCUGCCAAAUGUGGCAUCAGUGCAAACGAUUUCAUAAAAGCUAAUACUAAGACAAAUCUUUGCUCAAAUCUCAUGCCGGGGCAGAAGGUGUGCUGCACUGCUGGCAAGUAUCCUGACCUGAAACCUAAGCCCGAUGCAAAUGGAAAUUGCGCAACCUACUACACGAAGAAGGACGAUAGCUGCUCGAAGGUUGCCGUCGCUCGCGAUCUUACGGUUGACGAUCUUAUGGAGUUCAACAAGAACACUUGGGGUUGGAAUGGCUGCAAACCCGAGGUGUUCUAUGAGAAUUUCUUGAUGUGUGUCAGCAAGGGCACACUACCCAUGCCUGCCACUGUUCCGAACGCCGUCUGUGGACCCACAAAGAAUGGAACUGUACAGCCAUCCGCAUCCACUAACAUCAGCAUGCUCAACCCUUGUCCAUUGAAUGUUUGCUGCAAUAUCUGGGGCCAGUGUGGUAUGACCGAUGACUUUUGCGUUGUGAGCAAGUCUGAAACUGGUGCCCCCGGAACCUCUGCCCCUGGCAAGAAUGGAUGUAUCAGCAAUUGCGGUAGAGACAUCAUUAAAGGCACUGCACCAGCGAAAAAGAUCAAAAUCGCAUACUACGAGAGCUGGAAUCACAAUCGUCCAUGCUUGAACAUGCCAGUCACAUCCAUUGCCGAGGAGUACACGCACGUUCAUUUUGCUUUCGCAAACGUUACGCGAGGGACAUACAAGCCAGAAAUCACCGAUGAGAAGACUCUAGGGGAGUUCGAAAGCUUCAAAACGCUCACAAACAUCUUACGUGAGGCCGUUCUGCCAGCCAACCGCGACACGUUCAAGAACAACAUCAUCAGCUUCUUUAACGAGCAUGGGCUCGAUGGGGUCGAUCUUGACUGGGAAUAUCCCGGAGCUCCUGACAUUCCUGAUAUUCCGACUAAUGAUCCUGUCAAUGGUGUCAACUAUCACCGACUACUUUCAAGACUCAAGAUAUCCCUCGGAUCUUCCAAAUCGGUUUCAUUUGCAGCACCCGCAUCAUACUGGUACCUAAAAUCCCAUGUCAAUGAGACUGAGACGAAGGACGCGCUGUCUAUGAUUACCAAGGCUGGAGCUGACUCUGGCAAAGUGGUUGUUGGAGUCUCCAGCUAUGGCCGGUCUUUCAAGAUGGCACAAGCUGGGUGUGACAGCGAGAGCUGUUUGUUCACUGGAUCGCCUCGAGUUUCCGAUGCCUACAAAGGCCGAUGCACAAACACUAGCGGUUACAUUUCCAACGCCGAGAUCCAAGAGAUUAUCAAUACUGGUAGCCUCAACAAGAAAUACACAAACGAAGGCUCAAACAUCAUGGUCUUCAAUCACACAGAGUGGGUCGCCUGGAUGGACGACGAUAUGAAAGGGUCUCGUUCGAAGUUCUAUGAUUCGUACAACUUCGCUGGAACCACAGACUGGGCGGUGGAUCUUCAAGAUUGGCAUGGGGCGGAUGAGCCAGAGGACUACGAAAUGCCUAUCGACGAAAACUACUGGGCUGACUGCGAGGGUCAGUACAACUCACUGGACCAGUUGAAAGACCGUAAAGGAACAAUUCCCAGCCAUUGUAUGGAGCAGUACAUCACAGACGUGCAGAUAUCCGUCCUUGAUGGUGCACUGAAAAAGUACAAGGAUCUCGUCGACAAGCGUUACGACGACAAGUUCAGGAUCUAUGCCAGCUAUGUGAAGGACCAGAUUCCCGAUCAGAUCAACAACUUCAUGACAAGCGACAAAGUUGACAAGUACUUUAGUUGCUCGGAUUACAAGACUCGGGGAACGUGCUGUAAGGACUGCCGAUAUGCUACCUGUAUCGAGAACUGUAUCAAGGGAUCCAAUUGCAAGGGCGGCAAAGGCGAGUAUCCCAUGGAUAAGUGUCCCAGGAUUGAGUUUCAGAAAGGCACGCUGGACGGCGACUAUAUCCCAAACGCAACUUUCACCUUGAAGGAUAAGGAUGGGUUUUACAACGAUCUCUCCGAGACAUGGGGUAUCGACAAAGAGUGGAUUACAAUGGGCAAACGAUUGAUGCGCAUCAACAACGGCUGCCAGUACGCCGGCGAGAACGUUCAGAACUGCAUCCAGUGGAACAACAACUACUUCAAGAACUACCCUAUGAUGAACGGGGACAAGGUUAAGAUAUACAACCCCAAGGAUAUCAUUGGCGAUUCAUACCCAAAGGCUCUAGAUAUGCUAUACCGCUUCCAAGAUAUGUCGAUCGCAGGUAUCUGGGACGAGCAAAUCACCGAAUCCGACCUCGUCGACUCGAUGUCGCUACCGGCCUUUUCUACCGAGGAAGCAAUCUCAGCAAUGGAGGAGACUGUGCAAAAGGCUGAUGAAAUUAAAAAAGCGGAGCGCGAAGAGUUUAUUCUCAACUUCAUCAUGGGUCUCCUGUUCUUCAUUCCUUUUGUUGGCGAAGCCGCAGCCGAGCUCACUGCCAUCCGAACCAUUGCCAGGCUUAUCGGCACAGUAGGAGACGCUGCACUCACGGUGUAUGGCGUAGUUCAGGACCCGGAAAACGCCUUCAUGACUGUCUUUAGCGCUCUUGCUGGUGCGGGAGUUGGAAGGGGUGGCUUCAGGAGUGCGGCGAAAUCGAGGCGAGGGAUGAUGAAGGCAGAAUACGAUAGUCUGGGGCCGGUGAAGGGCAAGCUCGAUACUGUGGAGGACCUGAGAGGAGGUAUGUGUCCAAACUAG